GCAGACGAUGAUGUAGGUGGAUGAUGACAGAAGAGACAAUUCGGGGGGAGGGGAAGACAGCCACUGAGCAUGCCAAGUGCCCGAGCAAGCAAGGCAUCAAGGGGAGAAGGCAGAGCGAGAGCAGAGGAGGAGAGAGAAGAGAGAGAGUGUGUGUGUGUGUGUGUGCUUGGGGGGAGCUAGAGAGAGAGAGCAAGAGAGAGAGCAAGUGAAAGGAUGAGGGAGGAGAGCAGCAUCUCCUGAGUGUAUUCAGCUUGCAGCAGCUCACGCGGGCACAGUUGAGAGGGAAAACACCAGCAUCUCACCAAAGGGGGGCGACACCACACCUCUGUGUCCGUGUCCCUCUCAAACAUACUUUUCAAGCGUCACACGAGCGCAUCUGUGAGGAAGUGUGAGGCUCAGGAGGAGAAGGAACACCACAUACAUGUGUACUGUUUUUCCUGGCUUAGCUGCGGUUUGGAGAGCUGUCUUGUGAAGACUGGACCCAGAGCUGUAUCCAUCGCUACAUCCAUCUUUCCUUCUCUCCUGCCGUCCAUUGUAGAAGCUCGGCCAUUCUGGAUCUUUGGGACUGCUCUCUGUCAUUCAUCUAACCACUGAUUGGCGUGCUCUUCUCUGCUUCUCCUCCAGCAUCCCUGCCAGAUUCUGCUCACAAGCCCGUUCAGCCCAGCAAUCCAAAAGAACACACAGCAAUUAAAGACCAGCCGCUUGCCCACAAUCAUGAACUUCCUCCGACGCCGUCUGUCCGACAGCAGCUUCAUGUCCAACCUGCCCAAUGGCUACAUGACAGACCUCCAAAGGCCUGACCCACCUGCUCCUCCUCCAGCCACCGCGUCCACCUCUUCGCAACAGGGCACAAGCCCUACUGUGGCACCUGCCCCUGCCCAAUCCCCUACCAAAGCUCCAGCCCCAAUCCAGGCACCGGUCAGCUCCCCCGCAUUUCAAGAUCGCCGUCCAACCCAGCUCACGCAGCAACCUCAACAGGCCCAGUCGUCAUCCUCCUCUGGCUUCUUCAGCUCCAUCACCAACGUGGUCAAACAGACGGCAGCUUCCGCCGCAGGCUUUGUGGAGCAAUCAGCGCCAACUUCUUCAAUCUCAAAGAAGUUCAAGAUCCUCCUGGUCAUUGAUGAGCCUCAACACGAGUGGGUCAAAGUGUUUCGUGGAAAGAAGGUCCUCGGGGACUACGAUAUCAAAGUGGAGCAGGCUGAAUUCUCCGAGAUUAAUCUCAUCUCUCAUUCAAAUGGAACCUGUAAUGUGGACAUGCAAGUCAUCAGAGGCGGGACCAAAGUGGUCAGGUCAUUCAAACCUGACUUUGUCUUAUUACGUCAGCACGCCUUCAGCAUGGCUCAAACUGAGGACUUUCGGAACCUGAUCAUCGGUCUGCAGUAUGCAGGCAUCCCUUCAGUCAACUCGCUGGACUCCAUCUACAACCUGAGCGACAAACCGUGGGCUUUUUCUCAGCUGAUCAAUUAUCAGAAAAGGCUGGGAUCCGAUAGGUUUCCUCUUAUCGAUCAGACUUUCUACCCCAACUAUAGAGACAUGAUUACAACACCAAGUUUCCCCGUUGUAGUGAAGAUUGGACACGCCCACUCCGGAAUGGGAAAGGUCAAAGUGGACAAUGUGAGUGACUUCCAAGACAUUGCAAGUGUGGUGGCCAUCACUCAGACGUACUGCACCACAGAGCCGUUUGUCGACUCCAAAUACGACAUCAGAGUCCAGAAAAUCGGCACCGACUACAAAGCUUACAUGAGGACAUCCAUCUCUGGUAAUUGGAAGAGCAACACUGGAUCUGCCAUGUUGGAACAAGUGGCCAUGACUGACAAGUAUAAGCUGUGGGUAGAUACCUGCUCUGAGAUAUUUGGAGGGCUGGAUAUCUGUGCUGUCAAAGCCAUUUGUGGCAAAGAUGGUAAUGACUACAUUAUUGAGGUUGUGGGUUCAUCUAUGCAGCUAAUUGGUGAUCACCAGGCAGAGGACCGCCAGCUCAUCUCAGAGGUGGUGCUGGCUAAGAUGAACCAAGCACUGGCUGCCAAGAUGUCUACUGCUGCACAGUCACCUGCGCGCUCCCCUCAAGGCCAAAAGCCAACCACUAUGCAGCCCCAACAGAGUGGUGUUGCUAAAGAGGGAACAGCAGAUCCAAACAGGACUUCAGGCCAGCGUUCUCACCAUCAAGGUGUGCCAGUGAAAUCACAUAGUAUGGACCCAUCUACAGAGACGGCUAAGAAAGCGUAUGAACCAGUACCAAAAGCCAGCCAGGGUCAGAAACCUAGUCCAAGUCAAGCACAGAGACCAGCUCAGAAGCCAGUGCCAGUCCAGAAGGCUGUCUCAGUCACAAAGCCCCCGGUACCGAGGCCUCCCCCGAUGACAAGAGCCCCAUCAGUCACAAAACCAGCACCAGAUUCUGUUUCCGCUGCAGCUAAAGCUUCACCUUCAUCCCCAGCAAAAGCUGUGAUUCCACCUCCAGCUUCUCCCCCAACCAAAGCCGCGGUUCCUGCUCCAGCCUCUCCCCCAACCAAAGCCGCGGCCCCUGCUCCAGCCUCUCCCCCUGCCCCAGCCUCCCCUCCUGCCUCAGCCCCAGCUCCAUCCUCUUCCCCAACCUCAGCUCCUACCACAGAGCAACCCAAGCCCCAGCCUCAGGCCUCCCCAUCUGCAUCCCCUGGCAAACCAAAAGAGCUGCCUCCCAAACCCACCCCACCUGCAAAGCCCAUCCCUCCUGUACGCCGGAAUUCCAAGCCGCAGCUCCAGCCAAAACCUCAAACUCCACCACCUCCCAGAGCCUCACCCAAACCCCAACCUGCUGCCCAAGACACCGAGCCGGCUCAGGCCACAAAUACUGCAGCGGCCCCUGGCCCAGCACAGGCUCAACCCCCGGCCAAAGCUAGCCAGUCCUCACCUAAAGCUCAGUCUCCAGCUAAAGUCCAGUCUCAGGCCAAGCCAGCCUCCCCACCAACAAACCCGGAGCCUGUCCCAGCAGAAACGGCCGUGGCCCCAGCAGAGGCCCAGGCCCCUGUGGAAGAACAGCCAGUGCAGCAAAAGAGUCAUCCUCUGCUGAAUAAGUCCCAGUCCCUGACCAAUGCCUUCAAUGCCUUCAGCGACUCCUCUUUCUUCCGUGGGGUUUCAAGCUCGGGGGGCGAUGGCCAAGACGAAGCAAAGGCAGAGACCAUUCGCAACCUACGAAAGUCCUUUGCCAGCCUUUUCUCCGAUUAGACGAAGCCAAGCUGUAGUCAGCUCCAGUGUGAUUCUGGCCAGUGAUGACUUGAUUGACAUUAAAUGUGAACCAGUCUGAGAUUAAAUUUUGUGUGUUAACUGUACUGUACUCCUUCCGCCCCUGUUCUUGGCCCCACCUCCUACAUUUCUGCCUCUUUGUGUGAGUAACAGUGACAUCUGCUGGCCUGGAUAUUCAGUUCAUGAUUCUGUGCCAGAAUAACUGGACUGAAGGAGUUACGUCAUUGAUUAGAGAAUAGAACCGAAUAGAAUAGUUGUAUAUUUUGCCUUGAGAACGUUUAAUGAAGACUUUAUAAUGUGUACGAAAAGUAUAUUAAAGCCUACAUAAAGAAUGUAAAUAUAUAUAAAGUAUAUAACUAUAUAAGGGAGAUAAGCCAGUAAUAGAAAAAUAUCCAGUCGCAUUUUGGAAUUUGCUUCCAUCAGUGACAUAACUCUUUCAUUCAGUACCUGGAUUUAUACAAAUUUUAAAGAUACUCUCCAGCACUUUAAAAAAUUAUUGUUGCACAUGAUGUAUUUUAAUAUAUAGUUUUCCACGUUUCCCCAUAGGCCCUGAAAAAUACCUUAAAAACCAAUGAAUAUAUUUUCUCCUGCUCCCUCUG